AUGCCACCAAGAAAAACUUAAACAAUCAAGGAUGUGAUGAAAGAGAGCUAGCCAAUUAUUGAUUAAAAAUUAGGAGCCACAAGAAGUAAAAAAGUAAAGAAAAAUGACUCUGACGAGGAGUCUGAUUUUGUUACCACUUCAAGCAAAUCUAAACAAAAAAACUCUAGCACCUCUUCAAAAAUUAAGUCUUCCUCAAACAAACAGAAAGAAUCCAUUCAUUAAUCCAAAGAUGAUCCUAUAGAUAAAUUGUCGCCUGAGCUAAAGCCCUCCUCUUAACGUCAAAAAGCAAGAACUAAGGCGGAAAAAAUGCAAGAGAAGCAUAAGUAUGAUUAUUUACAUUAACUAUCAUAGUUCUAAAGCAGAAGAAGUAAAAGCUAAAUAAUAAAAUGAAGAAGGAAAUAAAGAAUAGGAUAAUGAUAAUUAAGAUAAAAAAGAACCAAAUUAGAAAGUAGAUUAGGUAGAAGAAGAAAAUAAAGAUAACAAAGAUAAUUCCAAAGAUAAGUAAAAUGAUGAAAGCAUUCAAUAACAUGUAAGAUCUAAUGAAAAGAACUAAAAUGAAAACUAAGAAAAUUCUAAAAAUUAGGAAUAAGAACCCAGUAAGCCAGCGGAAUAAGAUAAGAAUCCUAAUGUGUAAGAAAAUGAACAUAAAGAUGUCAAUAAUAAGGAAUUAUUAGAUAAGAGAGAUGAUGAAGAAUAAAGAAAACCAUAAGCAGAGAAUAACCAACUAUAAAACUAAAAUAAUAAUAUUGAUGGUUCAGAUAAGAAAGCAAGUCAAGAAUAAUAAGAGGAAAAAUAAGAUUAAUAGCUAAACGAAUCUAAUUUAAAAAUGAACCUAAAAAAUAACGUAAAUACUGAAAAUGUAGGUAAGGAUAAAGCUGAUUAGUAAGAUCUAAGGUAAAGAGAAGAGGAAGCAAAAGAAUAGUUAGAAAAAUAAUUAAAAGUGGUCCACCAUCCAGUCUAAAAUUAAGAAACAGAUAUAGACAUAGUAUUUUGCUGUGAUGUCACUCUUUUGGAAGGUCAUAAUGUUGACUAAUUAAAGGUAAUAUUUUAUUUUAAUUCAGCAUACCAUUGAAUACAUAAUUCAGUAGUUAAAAUAGAAACAACACUUGAGUUCAAGGAUAAAAUUUAGUAUAGUGGUUUUUAAUGAUAUCAUUACAAAUUAAAAGGUUCAAUAAUGCUAAGUGAUUGAUUUGUGUAAUGAAGCAGAAAUCUUAUCAAGUCUUGAGGAAAUCAAAUAGGCUGGAUAGGCAGAAAUAAAGAAAGGAUUUUAUUAUGGUUUAAAAUUGGCAACCUUAAAUACUAAGUGGAGAAAAGAGAGUAGCAAUAAAUCAUAUAGAUAUAUUAUUCAUAUUGCCAAUCAGCAUUUAGAAUUAGACAAUAAAUCAGAAGAGUUAGAACUGAUAAUUAAGGAAAUGAAUACCAAAAACAUAAGAUAUAAAUACUUAAGAAUUGAUAAAAGGAUUGAUUUAGAUUUUGAUGGAAAACAAUAUUUUUAGAAAAACUUGAACAGCUACGAAGAGAGUUUUUUGAAAGAGUUUGGAUGUCUUAAGAAUGUUGUUAGUAGCAUUAUAUUGAGAGAGCUUACGCAAGAGAAUAUUAAAUGA